AUGAACUUUAACCGGCUUCGAACACAUGAUCCUGAUGUGACUAUUGUGGUGGGAAACGGGGAUACCGUCCAAGAAUUUGAAUGUUAUCAGCUCAUCCUAAGCAUGUCUUCGGAGGUCUUUGAUGUUAUGCUUUCCACUGCCAUGAAGGAGAGUCAUUCAUCACGGAUCGAACUUCCCGAUAAGGAUCCACAAGAUUGGCCACUAUUCUACUCUUUUAUUGAUCCCAAAACCUGUCGGAAUGCAAAAAUUGAUACAUCCAACGUUAUGAAACUUGUUCCUUGGUUUCAUCAGUUUCAAAUUGAACAGCUUCUAACGGAAUGCGACGAAAUUAUGGAGGCUUACCUCUGUUCCAAGGCGCCGCAGAAUUGGCGCAAAUUGACAGAAGCUCAAUUUGAAAAGCUGAUUAAAUGGACCAAUUUCUCGGGCAUGUAUCAGUUGCCUCUAACAUUGGAAUUGUCGAGUGGUCAAAUCAAAUCUGUUCUGCAAGGACCCUAUGAAUGUGUCACGGCUCAAUCCCUAAAGACCCUCCUACCUUUGGUGGCCGAUAACGAAAUUGUAUGGGAAUCUAUUCAAGAAUAUCUACCAGCCGAUGCGGCAGUAGUGGCGAGUGGUGGACCCUUUUCGGAUCGAAUGGCCCUCUCGCAAAACCCCUUGCUGCCAUAUCUCUUGGAAGCUGGUUUGCAACGCAAACGAGAAACGGGGGACUCGCGCUUUGUGACGUUGGAAACUCAAAUUAUAGAUGCUUUGCAAAGCAAGAGAACAGAUCACAAGGAUGCUACAGUGGCUCGGUGUCUCAAAGAAGUCAAGGGUGUGAUUGCCCGCUACAAGACCAAUUAA